AUGGUGGCACACGACUGCCCCUCAGAUUCACUGACGCGGCCCUCGGUGGAAAAUUACUCCAUGGGUGGGCGGAGCAGAUCUUCGGUGAAGGCCAGUGUCAAUGCAAACCGCAAGAAAAGUAAAAAGAAAGGUUUAAAUGCAAACCGGGGCGGUAGUCUCCCGUCAGAUCCUCAGGAAAAAUUUCCUCAGCAUACCAAACCUGCACUGGAAGACAAUGGCCUGUAUCUUGCUGAAAGCCGUUCUAUUGCCAUGUACCUCAUCUCAAAGUACGCGAAGGAUGACUCUCUCUACCCGAAGGAUGUAAACAAACGUGUCCUUGUCGAUCAGAGGCUGUUUUUUGAUCAAGAUUUGUACAACAGAAUUUUCAAUGUUUUUCGGCCAAAAUUUUAUGGCGAACAGGUGGAUACCGGCAGCAUCGAUAAAGUAAAUGAAGGUCUGGAAACUUUAAACCGAAUGCUGGAUGGCAAACAGUGGCUGGCAGGAGACAAGAUCACACUUGCUGAUUAUGCGGUCGCCAAUUCUUUGUCGGCAUUAGAGUUUGUUCCAGAAAGUGGAAUUGACCCUACGAAGCAGCCCAACAUCAAGGAGUGGCUUCCACGCGUUGAAAGUUCCCAUCCAAAAUACGGAGAAAGCCUGAAAGAAUUACGUGAGGGCUUUAAGAAAAUGGAACAGAAGUAA